AUGGCGCAGUGCGUGCGUCGGCUGGUGCUGGCGGCGACGCUCGCCGCUGCGGUGGCGCUGCUGCUGUGCACGAGCAGUGCGCCGGUGGCGCGUGCUGCUGGGACGGGCGACUUCACUGCGGCGCAGCGGACGCACACGCUGGCGGUGCUGCAGGCGUUUGGGCGUGCGAUCCCUGAGCUUGAGAAGAAGUGGACGGGCAACGACUUCUGCUCGUGGGAGUUCAUCAAGUGCAAUGUAACGGGUGUGUCCGUGUCGGGAAUUGGUCCGACCUAUGCGGGCACGCUGCCGGAGAUGCCUGUGGGCGUCGACUACCGGCACGUCAUGAUCAAGCAGCUCGACUUUUCCGAAAUGGGCCUGGGGCUGGUCGGGACGCUGCCGGACAGCUGGAGCAAGCUGGAGGGACUGACUUCCCUUACGUUGUUGGGCAACAACGUGAGCGGUACGCUGCCGGCCUCGUGGAAGUCAAUGGGGUUCUUGACUGCAUUGUGGAUUGAAGAUUGCGGCAGUAUCUCCGGCAGUCUGCCGCCCGAGUGGAGCUCGAUGCCUAGUCUAACCACGCUGCUACUCAGACACCUUCAGCUGAGCGGUACGCUACCGGGCGAGUGGGCUGCGAUGCCCUCAUUAAAUACGCUGGAGAUGACUGCUGCAGGCGGCAUCACCGGCACACUGCCGCCCGAGUGGAGCUCGAUGAAAUCACUGACGAGUCUUUUCGUUAACGAAUCGUUGAUCAGCGGUACGCUGCCCCAGCAGUGGAGCUCGAUGAAUAGGCUGAUCAUUCUCGGUUUGAUGCGCACUCAGGUCUCCGGGACACUUCCUGCGGCGUGGAGCUCGAUGACAUCCCUGACGACUCUGAAUCUGCAGCGCACUAACCUUCACGGCACGCUGCCGCCCCAGUGGAGCUCAAUGACAUCGCUGAGCUUCCUUUAUCUUCGUCGCACCCGGGUCUCUGGCACACUUCCGCCCCAGUGGAGCUCUAUGACAUCGCUGACCCUUCUUGUUAUGCAGGCUACUCAGGUCUCCGGCACGCUGCCGCCCCAGUGGGGCUCCAUGAAAUCGCUGACCCUUCUUUCUCUGCGGCGUACUCAGGUUUCCGGCACGCUGCCGCCCCAGUGGGGCUCCAUGAAAUCGCUCACCCUUCUUGCUCUCCACUACACGAAGGUUUCGGGAACGCUGCCGCCCCAGUGGAGCUCAAUGAAAUCGCUGACUACUCUUGCUCUGCAGCACACUCAGGUUUCCGGCACGCUGCCGCCCGGAUGGAGUGGGAUGACGAGUGCCGAGGUCCUGCAGCUGGAAAACUGCAACCUGUCCGGCAGUCUGCCCUCCUCGUGGUCUGCGAUACCGAUGCUGGCUUCCGUCUCCCUUAGGGGCAACAAGUUCUGCGGGUGUGUGCCCGACUCGUGGGCCAAGAAGGCUGGUCUCGUUGUGGACAUCGAGGACAAGCACAAGGGCAGCGACUGCUUGGCUGGUACAGAUUGCCGGGCAAAAACUACUCCGCAAACCGCCACGACGGCCACAAACUACCAUCACUAA